GAGGGAGUGGUACUUUAGCCAAAGUCUGUACACAUCAUUACAUCCAAAUUCUACUGUGAAAAUAGUUGUCCUUCCCAAAGUAGUGGAAAUAACAAAGAAGCAUUUGGCAACAUCAAAGGAACAUCAUAUUACUUUCCAGGAAGAGACAUUUAGCAAGUAGGACACAGCAGUAAUAUAAGAGAAGUCCUUUGUAGAGGACAGAAAGCUUAUUUCCUUGAGAAACAGCAAAAGCACGUAAACACCUGAAGAGGAGCUCUCAGAGAGAACAUUGAAGAAGGAUGGACUGUACAGAAGAAAUGAUUCAAAUCUUAUUUCAGCAUCAACAUGGAUUUCUCAUUACAAAGAUUAUGUCUACUGCCUGUGAAUUAGGAGUAUUUGAUUUACUUUUGGAGUCAGGAGGCCUUCUCUCCUCGGCAGAGAUUGCUGAACGCCUGGGCACCAGCCACAUGGGACUGCAAAGGCUACUGGAGGCCUGUGUGGGUUUAAAGUUACUGAGAAUGGAGAGGAAGGACAAUGAAGGUUUUUAUGGAAACACACAACUUGCUAACCUCUGCCUUGCUAAAUCAAGCUCAAGGUCACAGUAUCAAUACACAAGGUUGUGCUCUGAGUUUAUUUAUACGAGUUCACAGUACUUGACAAAAGCUGUAAGGGAAGGAAAACACCAGGUUCAAUUGAUGUUUGACACUUCAGAAAAAGAUAUUUAUAAGAACUUUUCAAGCUCCAAGGAAGACAUUGAAAGAUUCCAAGGUGGCAUGGAGGAUGCCUGGAGUCUCUACGGUCAGGACGUUAUGUGUGCAUUUGAUCUUUCUAGUUUCAACAGAGUUUGUGAUGUGGGAGGAGGUAGUGAUGCCUUUGCCAAACAAUAUAUUGCAUUGUACCCAAAUUCUACUCUGACCAUUUUUGACCUACCUGAUGUGGUGGAAAGAGCUAAGAAGCAUACUGUGCCCUCAGAGGAACACCAGAUUACUUUCCAAAGUGGGGACUUUUUAAAUGAUCCAAUUCCUGAAGCUGAUCUAUACAUUUUGGCUAGAAUUCUCCACAACCGAGAUGAUGAGAACUGUGUGGCUCUGCUAACUAAACUACACAAGGCCUGUAAGCCUGGUGGUGGUGUAUUAGUAGUGGAGACAGUUCUCGAUGAAGACAGAAGUGGGCCUUUAGUAGCCCACAUCUACUCCAUAAUAAUGCUGCUUUGUCUUGAUGGAAAAGAACGGACUGUAUCCGAGUACAAUGCACUCCUUGGUGCAGCUGGAUUCAAGGAUGUUCAGUACAAGAAAGGACAAGUCUAUGAUGCUGUUUAUGGAAGAAAAUAAAAUGAUUCCACAUUAAUUUCA